GACUUGGUGUACAAGGCCAUGAAAGAAUACGCUCCUGAAGGCCUGCAGUCUCGUCGACCUGGGAGCAAGAAAGUCGCUCGAUUCCCCAUCAUAUCUGUUGGUCCAAAUGAGCAAUGGUCUAUUGAUGGACAUGACAAAUUGUCCUCAUACGGAAUUGGUAUCUACGGGAUCAGAGAUGUCUAUUCUGGACGUCUUCUUGCCUUGCAAGCAAUGCCAUCUAAUCGGCAAAGUGAAGACGUACACUGCAUAUUUGUGGACACUGUGUUGAAGGUUACAGGAUUUCCACUUCAGAUUGCAAGCGACCGCGGGUCAGAGAUUGGGGAAGUGGUAGCCUCACAAGUUGCUUUUCGAUCAACAUAUUCACCUGUACCUGCCGAUGAGGUCUUUCCUUACAAAUUGCUAAAGAGCACUCACAACAUCACCAUCGAGCGUUCCUGGAGAAAUGUACGAGAGAAUGUUGUGGAUCAAGUCAAGCUUGCUCUUUAUUCUGCCUAUAGCUCAGGUCUUGUUCACGACGGUGAUCCUGUUCAUCAAACACUCAUCAACUGGAUCAUCCCUCCAUUAGUCCAGAAAUAUCUUGACGACUUCGUCAAAAUUUUCAACUCCUACCCAGUCUGGUAUCAGAAAGAGAAAGCAAACCCUUCCGGGGCUUCAAGGAAUGAGAUAUAUUUCAAUCCAACUCGCUGGGGUGGCAGGGACUGCCUACAGCAUUUUCCUCAA